AUGGAUUUGUCUGAAAAUUUUCACAUGUACAUCUUGAAGGCUUUUCCAGCAAACGCAGUUACAGUUUUUGUGUACUGCAGCUCGGUGACAGUGUUCUUCACAGUAAUAAAGGUGGUCAGUUACCGUCUGCACCUUAUGUUUGAUAAAGGCGAAUGGCUCAGCGGGGUUGUGGUGAAGCAGGCAGAGCUGCACCUGACCCAGAGAGUGGGGCAGCAGCUGGGCAUGAUGGAUGAAGAGCUGCCAACACGGGAAACUAUUGAAGAUCUCAGAGGUGUUAUGGUAUUAGAAGACCAGGCUGCACCACUAGUUUCAUCUACCUCACCCUGUAUCAAAGCAGAUAUAUUGCCUGUUUCUACAGCCUCCACUUCAGGUGCCACCACAUCAGCAAUAGUGACAAAACCAGCUGCUACAGAAAAACUUUCUGGUAAUGGAAUAAAUGAAAAAGGAGAGAAGGGACAGCCUUAUGGACAGCAGGGAUCCCAAGAUGUUCUUGUGGACAGAGAUUUAGCUAAAAACUUCUCCAAUAUUUCUUCAUCACAAGGUGAUAUUUUAAGGACCGGAGUUUCUUCAGAGCCAUGGGACAGUGAAAAUUCAGUUCCUUCAGACCAUUUGAGUAAUCCUAAAAGCUACAAAAGAGAGAAAUUGCCAGAUGGAUCACCACAGACAGGCUUUAACAGUAGCUGCCCACAGUGCAGUGCCAUUGCAGCCAAAGAUCCUGAGCACUUGGAAGGUUUUUGCAAUGCUGGUAAUACCCAUGAGGACCUUGAUUGCUCAGACAGUGAGACUGCUGUUGCAGUUCUGGACAACUCUAUUCCUGGAGACCAGCUAUGUGAGCCCAUUAAAAUUGUCAUCACAAUGAGUACUACACCAAACACCACCCUCAGUGACCUAGUAGACUCUGUCCACCUAAAGGCUCUGGGAACUGAGAGAACGAGCUCAGCCCUCGAGUCUGGUAUAGUGACAGCAGGUUGGCCAAGUCAGCAAACUAAUGAGCAGCUCAGAAUCCCCAUUAUCACUUUUGACCUGUCUGAUGACAGUAAAGGUAAGGCUUUCCCAGAAGUUAGUGAAAGUGAAAGAACUCCAGAAAUUUUAAAGGCUGAGCUGUCAUCCAACCAGUGCUCUGGCUAUGAAUCGGGCGAUGCAGUAAAGGAACACAGCAACCCAGCAAAUAGUCCUUUAGAAACUAACACUUGUUCAGAUCCAAAUCAGGAGAAUGCUUCUGAGAAUGUCCGGACUGUGGAUUUAUCUUCCAAGGAAGACCUGCAGAACCUGGACCCGCAGUCCUGUAGAACCGCUCAUGAAAAGAGGCAUAUGCGGGUGCUGAGCGUAGACAGUGGGACAGAUGUGCUUUUAAGUAAGAAUUUAAUGGAGGUGUCUGACAAAGAAAAGACCUUACCAACUUCUAAAUCAGAUCUAGAAGCUAAAGAAGGACAGGUGCCCAAUGAAUCUAACUUUCUAGAGUUUGUCUCCCUCCUGGAAUCCAUUAAUACUUCAAAGAUGAAGGCAUCUAAUCAAUCCACUGUCAAAAUGGAGAUGACAAAGGAAAAUGGGCUUGUUGGAGAUAGCCAGAUGACGGAGAGAAAAGAAGAAAUGGUGGGAACAGAAAAGCACUGUGAGCAACUUCCUAAACAGGAAAGAUCAGAUGUACAAAGCCAAGAUCGUGCUAGUACUAGUCCGGUGCUACCAGAGUCUGCCAAAUUUGCAGCACUUUACCAGGGCAACAGGCAAAGGCAGAUAAUCUACCGGGUAACUUCUCAGCAAGACAGUUCUGUCUUGCAAGUAAUAAGUGGACCUGAGGCGUCUGUGCAAGAUGAGCUGUCCGUGGAUGCAAUGCACGUGUUCAUAGAUGAAAAUGGGGAAAUUAGAUCCUGUUAUUUAAAGGCUGGCUGUCAGAAGGAAGGAAAUUUUCGACAUCAGCUAUCGAAUUGUGAUUGUAUUUCAAAUGCUCAGUAAGUAAGCCCUUGGUUUUAGAAAUGUUCCAAGUUUUCCUUUCUAGAAG